AUGUUCCUCCUUUGUAAUGGUCUCCUUGUUUUUGUUGGUUUAACCAAAUCAUUCUCAAGUUCUUCUUGUGAUACUGAUGAUCAUAAGCCUUCAAAUAACACUGAAGUUUCACAAUCAUCAUCACAAUAUUUUGAAGAAGAUGAUGAAGAAGGUCCACAAUCUCAUAUCCUUGAUGUUGACGUCAAUGCGCCAAUGUUGGGGAGAGAAGCUGAGAAGAGAACUAGUGAACCAGAUGAACAAAGUGCUGAAGAAGAGGAAGAAAAGGUAGAAGAAGAAAACAUUGAAAAGAUAAUUAUGAUAGAUGAUGAAGAAGAAGAAAUGAUGGAGUUAGAAGAAGAAGUUGAACUAUUUGAUGCAAAUGAUGAAGAGGGAGAUAAAGGGCCCAAAAUUGAUAACGUUCUAAUUGAAGAAAAUGACAUAGAAGAAUAUUAUGUAGAAGAAGAAGAAAAUAGUAUGUUAAGUAUAGAGGAGUUAAACAAAAAGUUUGAAGAUUUUAUUAGAAAGAUGAAGGAACAUCUAAGAAUUGAUGCUAAACGACAAUAUUUAGUUAUGGUUUGA